CCCUCAGGCCAGAAUCCAAGAUGGCGCUCGCCAGCGUCCUCCGUGCGGAGCUCCCGGAAUUUUUUCCCAAAUCUUUUUCCAAAAAUUUUUCCGAAGAUUCCGAGGAAAUUCCUGAAAUUUUGAGGGAUUUUUCCGGCCCUCCGAGGGUUCUGGCGGCUCCGCCUUUGGGCGUUCAGGCGGAGCCGGAUGGACCCGGCUUUCAGAUCCUUCACGGCACCACAACUUUGGCUUUUAAGAGCCCCUUUGGGGUGACGGUGGCCGUGGACUCGCGCGCCACCGCCGGCUCCUACAUCGCCUCGCAGUCGGUGAUGAAGGUCCUGCCCAUCAACCCGCGGAUUUUGGGCACCAUGGCGGGCGGCGCCGCCGACUGCAGCUUCUGGCAGCGCCUGGUGGCGCGGCAGUGCCGCGUGCAGGAGCUCAGGAACAAGGAGCCCGUGUCGGUGGCGGCGGCGUCCAAACUGCUGGCGAACCUGGUGUACCAGUACAAGGGCAUGGGGCUGAGCCUGGGCACCAUGGUCUGCGGAUGGGACAAGCGGGGGCCAGGGCUGUACUACGUGGACAGCGAGGGGCAGCGCGUGGCGGGCGGGGCCUUCGCCGUGGGCUCGGGCUCCUCGUACGCGUACGGGGUUCUGGACCGCGGGCUGGGCGCGGCGGCAGCGCCGGGCAGCGAGGAGGAGGCGUGCGGGCUGGCACGGAGGGCGAUAUACCACGCCGCCAGGAGGGACGCGUACUCGGGGGGCACGGUGAGGGUGUUCCAUGUGGGGGAGAGGGGAUGGAGGGAGGUGUCGGCUGAUAAUGUCAAGGAUCUUCAAGAAGUUUAUGGGGAGUGAGAUGUAAAAAAUUCGGGAUUUUUUGGUGAAAUAAAAUGGAAAAAAUC